AUAAUUAGUUAGGUAUGAAUUAAGUUAUUAUUUAUGUGAUGUCAUUGUAUGUUUUGAAAAAAAUUAAAUGUGUUGAAAGCUGCUGCACAUAAAACAUAAAAAGUUUUUUUAUACAUGAUGGGUGUGAAGACUCAAAGAAAAAUUCAGUUUUGCUUUCCUGAACGACACAGCUUACACACACGCAAUGAAGUAAUGAAACCUGCUCAUAUCUUUCGUGAUCAAGUUAACACAGUGGCACAGUGGUUUGAUCAAUGGAAUGAUAUUGAACAAACUAUAGCAUGUUAUUCAUUGCUGAAAAGAAUCGGUCACACACAGGCAAGAUUUUUAUCUCUUGUUCUUGAACAUACAUUUCGAGACACAGCCUAUGAAGUCAAUAUUCUGGAAAGGGAAGCCAAUGGAAAAGAGUUUCUUCGAAGUCUGUGCCAUGAGAGAAAAGAAAUAGCUGUACAACAAUUACUUUUGCAUUUACCUUUAUUACAUCCUGGAAAUGAUGAAGCCAGACAUGAAUACCUAAAAUUACUUCCUAAAAUUUUAUCUCACUCUCUUGAAUAUUCUAUUCACAAAGAAGAAUGCAGGCAACUGCUUUCACUUGCUCUUGUCCAUCCUGCUUUUGUUCCUGAAGAGCGUAAUUCAUUAACUUGGUGGCUAGGUUUAAUUGAAGAGAAAGGAGAUAGUAUUAAUGAAACUUGUCGCCCACCACCUGGAUUUGUUAACCCUGCCUUGCACACCCCAUUAACAAGCUCAAAAUCUUGUCAGGUAUGGGGUACUAAUCAUCAUGCUCCUAUUAAAAGUUCAUAUUCCCAUAAACCAUCAGGUCAGACUAAUGGUUGGAAGGGCCAAACUCAACUUACCCAUACAGACUCAGGCAUUUGUACUUCAUUUGAUAAUGGUUCAAACAACAUAUACAAUGCUGCAGGCGGUAACCAAGAAGCAUUAGAAGACAAAUACACGCGAGCUUACAGAUCAAAUUCUUUUCCUGUUGAUCCGUCAAACGCACAUACUACAGUUUCACCACAAUCAUCUGUGGAUAGUGAUGAUGAAACUCUCAGAAAAGAAAGUACUAAUGAGAAUGCGCAUCCAGGCAUGAAAGAUAUUCCAUUGUGGCUAAAGAGUUUACGUUUACACAAAUAUGCACAUAUAUUUACUGAUGUUACUUAUGAAGAAAUGAUGUCUUUUUCUGAUGAGUAUCUUGAAAAACACGGAGUAACAAAAGGAGCACGUACUAAAAUCUUGCUCUGUAUACAAAAGUUAAAAGAUAGAGAAGAAACAUUGGAACAGUUAGAAAAGGAAGUGUUGCAGCUGGGUUGCUUGCCACAUGUUUUAGCUGAGCUUAAAAGUAUUUUAGUCACACCAAUCAAACCUCACAAAAAUGAAAAUACUAAUGAAGAAAGUUUUAAUGAAGGUAUAAAAACUGAUAAAUGCAAUAAUUUCGAAGACCUUCCUUUGCAAAUAAUUCGUGUUAUGGGAAAAGCUUGCACACAAAUUUUAGUGACACAACCUGAUGAGCAAUGCUGUAUUACAUAUCUUGGUCUUUUGGAAAGAGUUUUGUCUCAUGAAGCUUUUUCACAAGAAGAUAAACGCAGGUUUCAUUCAUGGAAACUUCAGUGUCAAAAACUUGCUAGAGAUUUUGCUAUGAAUAGAAAACUUGCUGGAAUUGAGAAAGGGCCAAGAAAUUGGUAUGAUCCGAUUGGUGGGGUUCAUAGAAAGAACUCAACACAUCGAAUUAACCAACAAAAGGCAGGUGUAUCUUAUCCAUUUUCUGGUGGUUCUUUAGUUGGAAGUAGUAAAUCUAAAUUAACUGGCUCAAUUAGCUACCACCCAAACACGAGAGCAAGUUUAUCAAAGGAACCAUUAACCAGAACUAAAUCGGCUCCUACAACGCGUCCUCAUGGGCAACAAGACAUGGAAGCUAUAAACAAAAGCCUUGAGAGUAUAGGUCUAAGUAUGACUAACCACGCAUUAGAAGAUGCGUCAGAGAAAGUAGAUGAAUUGUAUUGAUUAUUUUUUGGUUUAUCUGCUUGGCAGGAACAAAUAUGUUAAUAUCAUUUGUUGUCAGGAACGACAAAUCCUGAUCACGCCCGGAGCAGUGUCAGUGUAUAUUGAGAAGCAUUUUCGUUAAAAGAUUUUUACGUUUAUUAAUUUUUAAAGCAUCUUUGAGAGAGACUUUUUGAAGUUUAUUUGUUCAAACUACUUUAUAAAGACUCCCAGUGGGAAGAUAACGUGAAUGAAAUUCCUAGUGGGUAAAUGACGUGUAUAAAUUCCCAGUGGGAACUUACUAAAUUAUAUUACCAAUGAGGGAACAUCGUGUUAAAACGAUACUCCGUGGGAGUCAUGUAAUAAACAUUUUGUGUUUAGAAUUAGUCGUUCUAUGAAUUUCCUUUGUACGAUUUUAUUUUUUAUUCUUUUCUUCAGCUUUUCUUUCUGCUUUGUAAAAAUGAGUAGCAGUUUAUGUUAAAAAUUAUCUAUUGACUAGUAUACAUGAACCUUAGUAUACGUUAUUGUUGGAUAGUUUUCGAAAUUUAUUUAGUAAUUUAAAAAGCGGUAUUUUUCUGCAACAAAUCUUUAUAAAAAUGAAACCAAAAAUCAUCGAAAAAAGGUUUUUUCAUUAUUUUAGAUUCUUCAAUAAAGUACUAGCUCUUCAUUUUUUGUAUAGUAGCUGGCCUGCUUGCAAAGUUUAGACAAGUCUUUAUUUGAUGAUUAUUAUUUGUUUAGCUUGUAAAUUUAUUUUAUCUGGCAAAACAAAAACGUUUUCAAGUUAAA